AUGAAAGCAUCUGCGGUGGUCAUGACAACCCUGUUGGCCGGUGCUGUUCUUGCCCUACCAACAGCGCCAGCACCAGUCGACUCUUCCAACCGCCUGGCAACUCGUGACACGAAUAUUGAUGCGUUGAGAGCGAUUCAUUAUGCCGGGGGGGCGGGACAGUCCCUCGAUAUCAGGGAUGAUCCGGAUACCACUGAUGGGGAAGACACAGACGAUCUCGAAAGCGACACAGAUGACGAGCGCCGGAAAGGAAAACUUACGCGAGCUGUUCAGAAGCGGUCUGAGCGGAGAUCCAGCUCUUCCUCGUUUACAAAGAAAGACAAGAGACGUCCAGAUGAUACAGACAGCGAGCAUAGUGACGGAAUCGACAGUGACAAUGACAGUGAUAGCGAUGAUGACAAGAAACACCGCAAGCGAGCCGUGGACGUCAAAAAGGCAAGACGGGCAAAUCGUACUAGACGCACCGCCAACAACAAGAAACGCGAUGAUGAUACCACCGACAACGAUAGCCCGACUGAUGGCGAGGAUAGUCAUAAUGACCACACUGCCAGCGACACUGACUAA